AGCGGCGGAGUGCGGACGGACUACAUCUCCCGCCGUCACCCGCGCGGGGAGGUUUAUGGGGGGCUCCAUGGAGGCCCCCGCGGCGGCCACCUUCACGCUGGCCUACCUGGUGAUGGCCUUCUGCUUCAUCUUCCCUCCCUGCGAGUUCCACCUGGCCGGCCUGACGGUGCAGAACCUGCUGGGCAACUGGCUGGGAAGCGAGGACGUGGCUUUCGUCCACUACCACCUGCGGAGGGGCACCGGCACCCUCCUGGCCCACGCCGCCCUGCCCUUGGGCUACUACUUUGGAAUGUGCUUUGCGGCGCCCGAAAAACAGCUGAGCACCAUCUCCGAGGCGUCAGAGCUGUGGAAAACUUUCUUCGUGGGAGCCCUCCUCCUCCUGAUCCUCGCAGUCACCUUCGCCUUCCUCUGGUCUCGGGACGGCUGGUCCCGCCACCCGCUGGUCCAGAACCUCUCCUGCUACGCCCUGGCACCCCACGGCACCUGGCAGACCGUGGCCUCCUCCAUCGACACCGAAUUCCGGCGGAUCGAUAAGUUUGCCACGGGGCCGCCGGGGGGCCGCCUGAUUGUGACCGACAGCUGGGUUAUCAAAGUCACCACCUACUCCUUCCACGUGGCCCCACAAAGGGACAUCCAGAUGUCCGUCAUAGCCUCGAGGCAGCAGGAGAUCUUGCCGGAGGCUGGCAUGCCGGCUCAGUUCCUCACCAUCCGCGUGGCCAGCGUCAAUCCCCACGUCAAACCCUUCGACAUCCGGCUCAACUCGUCGGAAUACAGGGAGCUGCAGGACAAGCUCCGGGCCCCGAUCCGUAAUGCGGCCAACGUGGUCAUCCACCAGACCCUGAGUGACCUCUUUCUGGAGACCUUCAUCUCCCUGGUGGAGAAGAACCCGCCUUACCUGGUUCCCAGCGACCAGGAGCUGGACCUCUGCAUCGGCUGCAUGCAGUCCCCGGCCAACGUCAAACUGCUGAAGAACUGCGAUGAGCCGGACGAGGGCAUAUGCCAGCUCUGUUUCUGCUACCCCAUGUGGUGCCUGCUCUGCAUGGGCAAAUGGUUUGCCAGCCAACAGGACCAGCAGCACCCGGAGACCUGGCUCUCCAGCCACGUGCCUUGUCCCACCUGCCGGGCCAAAUUCUGCAUUUUGGACGUCUGCUUCUUGGAGUGAUGGGGAGGCGCGCAGAGAGACAAGAGGAAAUAUGCAACCGACCGCAGCGUUUGUGGUCUUAUAGCUCCCGGGAUUGUCUUUGCAGGAUAGAUUAUUUCCAUAAUCUCCCCCCUUUUUGAUGCCUUUUCAAACCCCGUUCCGUUCUUCUCUUUUUGAAUGCGGCGUUUUUAAGUCUCCGGUAUUUCACGAGCGCCGCCCCUUUAAAGUGGGUGGACUUCAACUCCCAGAAUCCCUGGAGUUGAAGUCCCUCCCUCUUAAAGGGGCCGAGCUUGAGAAACACUACUUUAGAAUGCCAAGUCAAAAACAAGGAAGGGAUUUUUUUUCUUUGCCUUCUAAAUCGGGACUGGAUUUGGUGAGUUGUUCCACACUCCGCCUUAGUCCGCAAUUCCCUUUUUUUUUUUUCAAACUUUGCAAUCCUGGAAACAGGAAUGACGGCGACGGAUUCGCUGCGACAAACUCUUUAACGUUCUCAUGCACUUCUCGGAUUCAGACCAAGUCUGCAAAUCCUCUCUUAGCGGCAUUAAAAGAUAGAUCUCUCUAUCUAUCUAUAUAUAUAUAUGUAGGAUGAUUAUCUAAAUUAUUGCAGUGUUUCCGGAGAGUUUUUCUCGGGAAAGGAAACGGAUUAACGGCCUGGGAACUGGUGGGAUUAAAAAUCACUUUUUUUUUUAGUGGUUUAUGAAGGCUGAACUUUGGGUGGGGAAAAAAAAAGGGAGAAUGAUAUACUUGAAAUUGUCUUUUUCUGACGGUUUCUUAACUCGGGUUCACCAAGUGUAUUAUUCAGUCGGUAUCCUUUGCAAAGGGCAAAUGGAAGUGAAAUUCCUUUAUUAGUACAACAAAUACGAGGCAACAAUUGUUUGUCAGAGAGAUGAAUUUAAGUUUGAGCUGAAGUUGAGUUUUUGAUUAGUUUCUAUUUGUCUUUGGGUUGAGAUAGGCGGGUCUAAAAAUCUCAGGAACUUGAAAAUAGGUGGACUUCACUCCCAGAAUCCCACAGCCAGCAUGCUUUAAGUCUGGGAGUUGUAGUCCACCCCUCUUCAAGUGCCAAGUUUGAGAAACAACAUGCUUAUUAUCUCAAGCGAAGAAACUCAUGAGAUUUUUAAAGUGCCCCUUAAGUGCCAGCUUCC